AUGAGUCUGGACAGGCGAAAAUGGAGGAGCUCGUCAGGUCUUGCCAUAUCGCAGCUGCUACCGGGCCAUCGCGAUGAAUCCGAGAAAAAGCUGCUACCAGAGCCGGUCGAGGGCAGGGCACCCCGAGUUCUCACCAGGGCGUUGCGCUCGCUUAGCAGCUCGUCGAUGGACUCGACGGCCUCGAGCUUGCUCAGAAGCUCGUCAACCACGAGACGGCUGCAAAAGUCUCCCUCGACUUCUGGCUCCAUGAUCGGCCGGCUCCAUCGCCGGGUCUCCAGGCGCUCCAACCCCGCCAGCGGUUCUUUUUCCGACCCCCCUGGUAGCCCCAUUGUCAACCUGUCACAGCCAUUUUCGACCAUGGACGUGGUCCAGUACGGCCCUCUCAAAGCAGAUAUAUCGCUUCUGAAAGCACGUUCCGAAUACCUGGUGCUGUCAGACCAGUGCCUGGUCAAGUUUGUCAGCGGCGAGGCAGCCAGGAGCGCCUUUCCGCAACUAACCAGAGCCCAAACCCAGGCGCGCGAUUCUUCGCCUCACCGUAUUCCGCUAGGCAGAUCUGCGGCGGGCGAAAUUCGGCUGGAGAUUCCGCUACACGCAAUCGUCGCAGUUUUCGACGAGGAUGGCUCGAAUGAUCGAUCUGCGAUCGAGAUCUGGUGGUUCUCUCAGUGGCCGCGGGCAAGACUGAGGAAGACGCCGGGAAUUUCCCACAUACCCGAGAACCUCAAGGCACGUAUUAAUCACAUUGUUCGGGCUACCGAGGGCUCGAUAGACGAAGCACCGCAGAACUUGAUCUUCCCCGUCGCCAGGCGCGUUUUCGGCCUGUCCCAGAAAGCAUCGGCUGCCGACGAAAGCCACGACAACACGGACUCAUCUUCUUUCUACUUUGUCAUUGGGCCGUGCAUGUGCCAUCUCAUUGAAGUGCUCAAGGCCGAUCAUUCGACACUCCCGGGUGACCUACGCGUCAAGGCCACCUCAUACGGGACCGUAACUCUGACACGAUUCAAGGCUUCGGUGGCAUCGCAUGAGCAGCGGUUUAUCAUGUGCUUUCGCUCGCCCUUUGGCCACGAAUCUCGCCUAGAUCUCGCCAGCGUGCAGUAUCGGCGCAUCAUCGAGGCCCUGACCAAAGCAGACCGCAUACUGAAGCCCAUGUGGCCGCAGCACUUCCAACAAGCCAUAUUCGACAUCAAGGGACUUCCGCCGCCUCUUCAGCUUACCUCUGGGAACGAUCUUGGCGGCCUCAAGAGGAGCCUGCAGGCGUAUUGCGCAGCCUACCAGGUUCGGGUCCCGGAGUGGAAGAUUGAGUGGAGCACACCUCCACAGCCGGCAUUUCGGCUGCUGCCACUCGAGGGCGAGUCGUACUCGUCCUUGCAGCUUCUCGCGGUGUUCCGGGCCUUGCGAUACAAUAGCUUCUUCAAGGCGAUAUCCUUCCGCGGCGUCGACUUGUCCCCACUCACUGGCAAGAACGAUUGUUCCCAAUACGGGGACGCCGUGGCAUACAGGUCGUUGAACGGUUUGAGCAUAUCUGAAGACCACCAUGAGGUUCUUCUGCAGGCUCCCAUUUUGGGACAAGAAAUGCACGCCUUGACAUUUGCGUCUGAGUCUAUCCGGAGUAUCGACUUGAAUAACGUUCUCGGACUGCAGAUUGCAGACCGGAGGCAGAGUCGACUGAAGUGCGAUCUUGGCAGUCUCCGCACGAUGAGCUCUGAGCUGCUGCGCCCUAUGAUGAUGCUCUGGCGAGAGCAGUUGUGCGCUUGCCACAGCGUGUCGCUGUCCGGCAACCCGCUGGCUCUGCCAGACGUGGAUGAGUUUGCCAAUAUCCUGGUGCUCGAUCACGUGCAUUUCAAGAAACUCGACUUGGCGAGGUUUGAGAUGAUGCAAAACACACUACGGCAGCUGAAAAGGAUCACGAAGCUCAACAUCGCUGGAAAUACACGUAUUACGUCGGACGAAUCUCUGUUUGACGAGGCGAUUAUCGGCUCGUGGGCACUGCAGGACAUCGACCUUUCUGGGAUUGCGCUCAACGACAAGACGAUCGAUGUGCUGGCGGCAUACCUUCGUACGCAGCAGUCUCACGGCCUCCGUGUCAUGCGGCUCAAUAGCUGCGGCCUCACGGGAAGGCAAAUAUCACGCCUGUUUCGUGCAAUGGGCCAAGCAAGACGCGUGACGGUUCACCUGAACGCCAAUCGACUAGACGAGGGCAUUGAUGACUUGUGCCGGGCCGUAGCCUGUGGCUUUGCCCCCUGGAGUCUUUUCCUGCAGAUGGUCGAAUUUGCGCUGGAAACGAAUUAUGUCAAGCUCCUGCGCGCCCUGACUGUCAACAAGACGAUUGAGUGUCUGAGCCUGGCGGGCAUGGCCAUGGCAGAUGCGGCGAGUAGCACAGCUUGCCAGGCCAUUGCGGAUUUCCUCUCCAAGAACAACAAGGUCCGCUUCCUGGACAUCUCGGGCUACGACUCCAAGCUCGACGAGGGACGAUUGGGCAGGGGGUUUGCCGGGGCCCUGAGCGGCAUGAAGUCCAAUACACGGAUCGAACACCUUCGAGUUCGCAGCCAAAUGCUCAACGCCAACAUUGGAGAUCUCGCCGAAGCCAUCUCGGCCAACAAAACCCUACAUACGCUGGACUGCGAGGGCAACGACUUUAACCUGUCUAAUAUGCGGCAUCUCAUUAAACAUCUCGAGGACAAUUCCACGAUCCGUCAAUUCUCGGCCUUCUCCGAUCAAGAGCUGUCUCGUACGAUUCGAAAGUCGAUGCACACUGCGGGCACGGCGCUGCCGUUGCGUCGUGCAUCAGUGAUAUCGAGGUUUAGACAUGAAAAGCCCCAAAACGGGUCUGGGACGCCGCUGGUGCAGCAGCUCAAGGACGAAUGGGACGGCGCGGUGGCAGACCUGGAGCGCCUCCUGAGGAAGAAUCGGGAGGCGUUUGCGGAGAGCGAGGACGACGAUGCUGAUUUUGCCUCUCAUGGGCAGUGGAGGGGCAGCGACGCUGAGUGGGUUGCCAAGGCUCAGCGUCUCCGCAGCGACGGCCGGUCUCCGAGUUGCGACGUUGCUAUAAGCCCUUCGACGGACGGUGCGAGUACGGCGGACAUGCCGAGCCCACCAGAGCUAGAGAGCCCUCCGGACAGAGAAUACAGCCUCGGGGACGGCCUCAACACAAUCACGGUUAUCGACGAGGCGCGCGACAGCAACUACACCUUUUGCGAGGGAUUCGACGUCGACGGCGGCUUACAGAUAAAGAGAUACCGACGCUAUUUGGAUACCACCCCGAGCUGUAUCGAGGAAGAAGAGGGGGGCGGAGCGGGCGAGGGCGCUGCCUGA